AUGAUUGCCAAAGAAAAUUUCUCCCCCUCUGUUGCCGAGCCUGUCAAAGCCGAGGAAAAUCAAAAGCUUGCUGACGAUAAAGAGAUUACGAAAGAGGAGGAAGCUUUGAGCAAAUUAAACCGCCACGGAGAAUCCAAACCUCACGAUGUGGGAGACAGAAUUAUUGUAGCAGGUUUAGCAGAAAACGGACUUCCACUUGUUUUCGGGGUUACUGAGGGCGAAAUCAGCUACGUUCUGGAAAGUGCAAAAACUCAAGUCGAAGAGCCAAUUCAGCCAGCUGGUAACCAGUCUGCAACGGUAAUGACUCAAGUUACAGGAGCCAACGUCCCCAUUGCUUCCACAUUAGCAGAGAGUCAGCCACCGGUGGAACAACCAACGCACAGUGCUGAUGAAUCUAAACCAGUUGAAGUGCCACUUCCGGAACAUGAAGCGUCAAACGCUAAAGUCGAACCAGUA